AUGAGUCCUAGUGACCCUCGUCAGAAGAGUAUGAGGGGGGACGAAGACGAGCUGAACCUGCUGCGGUCUCUGCUCAAGAACGUUCCCCUGUCGACGGAUCCGAGUGCUCUCAGCUCUGUUGUCGGCAGAUAUGCAAGCUUCCUGUCCUUCACUACCGAUGACCGCAGUGCCAUGGCGGACGAUUUCUUCAAGGUGGCGACCAGUCUGGACAAUCCUUGUCCUCGCUCGGUUCACACCUUUCACUGGCACCUGUGCUCGCGCAAGCAUGAGUAUCGCUCCAUCACUCAGUACGAGAAGGUGCGAGCUCGUGCUCCGGUGCAUGUGGAAGAGAUGGGGCAGCUGGUAGCCGAGGCAAGGUCGGCGAAGCCCCAGCACUCGGAGGAGCAACGAAUAGAGGCGAUGGCUUGCUUGGCGAACUUCCUGGACGAGAUCUGUCAUGCAGCAGAUCUGGCAGAAGACUUGUAUGACGAGGUAGUUCAAUCAAAACACUUCUCUCCCUUCAUCCGAGGGAAAUACGCGGCGUUUCUCGCUCGGAACAGGCCGGACCAGCAUGAAGCAAGUCUCUAUCAUUUCAGAACAAGUCUCGAGACUGAGCCGGGAAACGUUGAGUGCAUGCUGGACUUCGCUACGUUCCUCUCUCGGUCGGACGUUCAAACGGCGGAGAGGCUGUUCAAGGAUGCCAUGAACAAGGAACUGCGAUUGUACGCUGCUGCUCCGGCAUGA